AUGGAGUGGCUGCAGCCUCCAGUUCCAUCCAUUUGGGAAGUAGCUGGUGUGCUCUGCAAAAAGAAAACUUAUUACUUUGACAACGAUGUUGAUGAUAUAAAGGAGAAGAUUUUGAAGAUGAGAGAGGAGGAUGUUGUUCUGUGCACCAUUCCCAUUGUGGGUAUGGGGGGUUUAGGGAAAACAACUGUGGCUAAGAGGAUUUACAAUGAUGAACACAUCAAGCAAAUUUUUGAAAAGAGAAUUUGGUUGUGUCUACCUGAAAUGUCUGAAACGAAGAGCUUUCUUGAACAAAUCCUCGAAUCAUUGACAGAGAGGAAAAUUGAGGUCCAAAGGAGAGAUAUAAUAGUUAAGAAGCUACAAGAUGAAUUGGGAGGAAAAAACUAUUUGCUAGUCCUGGAUGAUUUGUGGUGUGUUGACUCUACAUCGUGGCAUCAGUUCGUUGACACCUUGAGAGGAAUAAAUACAUCCAGAGGAAACUGCAUUCUUGUGACUACUCGUAUGAAGCGGGUGGCAUCCAUAGUAGCAACAGAUCUUCAUAUCUUGGGAAAGUUAACGGAGGAUCAUUGUUGGUCUAUUUUCAAACAAAAAGCAUUUGUUGAUGGCAGGGUUCCAGAAGAAUUGGUGAGCAUGGGCAAUAAGAUUGUUAAAAUGUGUCAAGGUCUACCGUUGGCUGCAAGUGUGUUGGGAGGCCUCUUACACAGCAAGGAAACACAUGAAUGGCAAGCAAUUCUUGAUGGCAACCCCCUUGUUGCAGGUGAAGAUCAUGAUAAUGGAGAAAAUAGCAUAAAGAAAAUCCUAAAACUCAGCUAUGUUUAUCUACCAUCUCCACAACUGAAAAACUGCUUUGCUUACUUUGCAAUAUUUCCAAAAGAUUUUGAGUUUGAAAAAGAACAACUUAUCCAACUCUGGAUGGCAGAAGGCUUUCUCCGUCCAUGUCAAGAGACCACUGUGAUGGAAGACGUUGGGCACAGGUUUUUUCAAAUCUUGUUGCAAAAUUCCUUGUUGCAAGAUGUUGUGUUCGAUGAGCAUAACAAUAUAACACACUGUAAGAUGCACGAUCUUGUACAUGAUUUGGCUGGAGAUAUCUUUAAAUCUAAAGUAUUUGAUCCGAAGGGAGAUGAUGGAGAAAAACUUUCUCAAGUUCGAUACUUUGGAUGUGAGUCACCAAGGGAUAAAAUAGAUAAGAUAAAUGAGCCAGAACGUUUGUGCACACUGUUUUGGAGAAGCAAUUAUAUAUCGGAAGAUAUGUUGUUGAGCUUUAAGUUCUUGAAAGUUUUAAAUUUGUCCAGUUCAAGAAUCAAGGAGUUGUCAGCCAAAAUCGGGAAGCUAAUAUACUUGAGGUAUCUUGAUCUCUCGAACACUAAGAUCACAACCUUGCCCAAUUCUAUUUGCGAGCUCUAUAAUUUGCAAACAUUUAGAAUCAGUGAUUGUGAUUCACUCAAGGAACUUCCAUAUGAGAUGGGAAAUAUGAUAAGUUUGAGGCACAUUUAUUGCAGUUUUCAGUGUAUUGAUAAAAAACAUUUUCAGAUGCCACCUAAGAUGCGACAAUUGACCUGUCUUCAAACCCUCCAGUUUUUCAAGAGAAGAAGCUCGAACAGCAUAUUUACAAGAGAAAUCGAAUAUCUACAAGCUGGCAUAUGUGUGGUUCCAUGA